AUGUCGGAUGAAUUCUUGGCCAAUCCAGAUCAAUCUCCGGGGUACGAGGAAAGAACAGAGGAGUUUGGCGGUAACAAACCCGUCAGACACGAUACCUGCUCCAAAGGCCGUUAUAUGUCCCGAGUUGUUGGCUACUAUGAAGGGUGGUCCCCACGACGUCGCUGUCAUGCUUUCUAUCCAGAGCAAAUACCACAGGGUGUCUAUAGUCACAUCAACUUCGCGUUCGCCACCAUCGAUCCUAAUACAUACAAAGUGAAGCCGUCACAUAGUCAAGAUGUUGAGUUAUAUAGCCGAUUUUCCAUUCUGAAACGAUUCGACAAUGACAUGAAAGUCAUGAUCGCUUUCGGCGGCUGGAUGUUCAACAAUCAUCCCCAGACUGCAAAUGUUUUCUCUGACCUAGCAGCCUCGGAAGAAAAGCAGAAUGUUUUCAUCACCUCCUUGAUAUCUUUCAUGUCCACCUAUGAUUUUGAUGGGAUAGAUCUGGACUGGAAAUAUCCCGCAGCUGAGAACCGUAAUGGAAACCCCGAAGACUCCAAGAACUUCACCAAGUUUAUGAAGAGGCUUAGGACUGAGCUAAACAAAACACCUGGGCGAAAUGAGCUCUCUAUCACGCUGCCUGCUUCCUACCGGUAUCUACGGCAUUUCGAUCUCAAGGGCCUUGCUGAAUAUGUUUCAUUUUUCAACCUUAUGUCUUACGACAUGCACGGCACUUGGGAUCAGGGCCACAACUGGAAGGGUGCACUUUUGAAUGCUCACACCAACUUGACGGAUAUACAAUCUGUGCUUGACUUGCUCUGGUGCAAUCAUGUUCCGGGACAUAAAGUUGUUAUGGGCCUCGCAUUCUACGGCCGCUCUUACACAACCCAAGGCUGUACAGAGCCUGGGUGCUUAUUUACUUCUGCGGGUCUUCCUGGUCCAUGCAGCAACCAGGUAGGGAUUCUACUCAACAAUGAAAUCAAGGAUAUCAUCAAUGAGAAAAACUUGACGCCAAAGCUAUACAAAGAGGCCGCGGUAAAGGUUGUCACUUGGGAUGAUCAGUGGAUUUCCAUGGACGAUGAAGAGACAUUUAGCCUAAAGGCCAACUUCGCUCGCGAGCAGUGUCUUAGUGGCUUGAUGGUCUGGGCAAUCAGCCAUGAUACGGUCUGGGCAGGCUUCUCUCGAGAUUUGGCAAAAGUGACAAAUCGCCAGCUGACAAUACAACAAGGAAAUGGCGUUUUCAAAUCAAACAAAGAUUACAAUUAG